UUGUAAACAAAAUUUUUUCUUCUCUCUAUUUUGAUUCUGGACAAUUAAGGUUAAUUGUUUUCUCUGUUGGUUAAUUUUUUUUGUUUCCGGUGCGAGAAUUUGAUUAUUAAUUCCACAAUGUCUGGUAAUCCAAUUAUCAACUAUUGGAAAUCUUUGAACUGUUAUCCUCCAGAAUAUAAUAGAGCCAUUCAUGGUCCUUAUGAUCCAAGGAUUAAUUAUGCUUUCAAAGAUACUCCAUUGAUGCAGGUUAAAUUGGGUGAAUUACCAUCAUGGAUCAUGCGACGGAAAAUGACACCACACUCGAUGGCUGCUGCUAUUACCCGACACUUUCAUCGAACCAAUGCUGCUCAUUUUACCGCUAUCCGAAGUAGAUCCAAUAUGGCCUUUACUGUCAUCUUAAUUACUGCAAUCAUGGGUUAUGUUGGUCAAUUGCAUCACAUUCAUCACCAUAGACGUUACAAAUAUCAUUGGUAAACAAAUUAUCUCCGUUUUCACUCACCAAUUGCAGUUGAAACAACCCAAUUACCAAUGGAACAGAAAAAAUAACCAUAAAAAGAGCAAUUGACUCUUAUAAUAUGAGAGAAAUCCUUUUCAGUUUUUUGUUUCUCUUUUCCUCUUCCAUCUUUAGCAGAACAAAAAGAAAAAUUCUAUCAAUCUAAUCAAUUGUUGUAGUGUAGAGUAAGUGCUUACACAUUUUUAGGGAAUGAAUAAUUUUGAAUUAAAUUUAAUUUGAGAAAAUA